AUGGACAUCUCAUGGAGCUCAGACCCCUCCUUGGAGGACGCCCACGGCAACUCAACUUACCUUUUGUUCCUCUACUUCGCGGAGCUACUGAGGGUGCCAAGCAAUGGGCUGAGACAGUUUGACAUCCUCGUCGACAAUGCUACGGGGAAUGAUGGAACCAGCCAGGGCUUCACCCCCAAGUACCUCUCCACGGAGGCUGUGAAGAGGACGGUACAGGGGCCUGGUCAGCAUAGCGUCUCGCUUGUCGCCACACCGGCGGCCACGCUUCCACCCAUCCUGAAUGCAUUCGAGAUAUAUUCAGUCAAGCCAAUGAUUGAGAUGGCGACGAAUGCUAAAGCUAUGAUGACAAUUCGAGAAAGAUAUGCACUGAAGAAAAAUUGGAAGGGUGACCCUUGUGCACCAAAAGCAUUUGCAUGGGAUGGCUUGAACUGCAGUUAUCCAUCAUCUGGUCCUGCACAGAUAAUAGCUCUGAAUUUAUCAUCGAGUGGGUUGACUGGUACAGUUAAUUCUUCUUUUGGAGAUCUAAAAUCCCUCCAACAACUAGAUCUGUCAAAUAAUAGCCUAUCUGGUCCAGUGCCAGAUUUUCUAGCGCAAAUGUCGUCACUGUCAUUCCUUGAUUUGUCAAGCAACAUACUCAGUGGAUCAGUACCUGCAGCUCUGCUACAAAAGAUACAAAAUGGAUCUCUGGUAUUGAGGAUUGAUAACAACGUAAAUUUGUGUGAUAAUGGUCCUUCUACAUGUGAGCCAAAGAAGAAGAAAAGAAACAAAACACUUAUCGUUGCAACAGUUGUUCCAAUAGCAGUAGCAACUGUACUGUUUGUUGCAGGAUUACUUAUCCUCCAUAGAAUGAGAAACAGACAAGAUACAUGGAUGGCAAACAACUCAAGGUUUAUUAGCCCUCAAGCCAGUUCACACAUAUUUGAGAACAGAAAGUUCACCUACAAGGAGCUGAAGCUCAUGACAGCUAACUUCAAAGAAGAAAUAGGGCGAGGAGGGUUUGGUUCUGUCUUCCUAGGAUAUUUGGAGAAUGGAAGUCCAGUUGCCGUCAAGAUGCGUUCAAAAACAUCCUCUCAAGGGGAUAAAGAGUUUUUAGCCGAGGCUCAGCAUUUGUCUAGAGUUCAUCACAAAAAUCUGGUUUCCUUGAUUGGAUAUUGCAAGAACAAGAAACAUAUGGCCCUUGUCUAUGAAUACAUGCAGGGGGGAAACCUAGAGGACUGUCUAAGAGGAGAGGCCUCUGCUGCUACACCCCUCACUUGGCAUCAACGUCUCAAGAUUGCUCUCAACUCCGCCCAAGGACUGGAGUAUCUGCAUAAAUCAUGCCAGCCACCACUGAUCCAUAGGGAUGUGAAGACAAAGAACAUUCUUCUAUCUGCUGAUCUUGAGGCGAAGAUAGCUGACUUUGGGCUCAUGAAAGCAUUCUCUGAUGAGUUCAGGACCCAUGUCACCACACAACCAGCAGGCACCCUAGGAUAUCUUGACCCUGAAUACUACAACACGUCCCAGCUCAGUGAGAAGAGUGAUGUAUACAGCUUCGGUGUUGUGCUAUUGGAGCUUAUCACAGGCCAGCCACCAGCAGUUCCUGUAAGUGACACUGAGAGCAUCCAUGUUGCACUAUGGGUGCGCCAGAAGCUCUCUGAGGGUGAUAUUGCAAGCGUUGUUGACCCAAGGAUGGGAGGGAUCUAUGAUGUCAACUCUCUGUGGAAAGUUGCAGAGUUGGCACUGAAGUGCAAAGAAUAA